CCACAACCAAAGCCAAAGUUGAGCUAUUUCCUUCCACUCAGAAAGAAUUAUGCAGAGGGAGGGUUCGGUGCUCUUCCGCCAGCUCUAAGCUCCUCGCUUCUCCGACUCGGAAUCUCCGCCGCAGGAGGCCGGCAGCUCUGAAAUCUGCUUACUCUUUCUCUAGACUGGUUAUAUCAAGGUUUUCAUAGCUUCCAGUUUGGGUUUUGCUAUGUUGUUAGAGGGCUCAUUGUAGAGAUGAGUAUGUCUGGACUAGCUGUUGCUCCCACUAAGUGUGGUGCGCGGGCGCCUGGCUUGAGUACUUCCGGCCAACGUGUUUUAGCUGUUUGUAGCGGGGAUAGAACUCGAGAGAAGAAUAUUGGGUUUCUCCCAUUGCAAAGAAGCUGGGCAACAAGACUGGUGCGAACAUUCAAACCGCGGCAAACUUAUGUUGUCAAAUGCGCUAUGGAUGCUUCCUAUGGCGGAGAUGGUACGGAUAACCAAUCUGUUGUUUUCCCGAGAAUCCAUGUAAGGGACCCGUACAAACGACUUGGGAUAAGCAGGGAAGCCUCUGAAGAUGAAAUUCAAGGUGCACGAAACUUCCUAAUUCAGAGAUAUGGUGGACACAAACCGAGUGUGGAUGCAAUUGAAACGGCACAUGACAAGAUAAUCAUGCAGAAGUUUUAUGAUAGAAAGAACCCCAAGAUCGAUAUCAACAAAAAGGUUAGGGAAGUUAAGCAGUCCCGAUUUGUGCAGGCCGUGACAAACAGAUUCCGCACCCCUUCAACAAGUGUCAUUGUUAAAACCACAGUUGCAUUCCUUGUACUUGGAGCUCUCACUGUUCUGUUUCCAACUGAGGAAGGCCCAACCCUUCAAGUAGCAAUCUCCCUAGUGGCUACUAUGUACUUCAUAUAUGACCGAUUGAACAGCAGACUGAGAGCUACGCUCUACGGGGUUGCAGCUUUCAUUUUCUCGUGGCUGCUUGGAACCUUCUUGAUGGUGUCUAUAAUCCCUCCGGUACCAAUCAUUAAAGGACCUAGGAGCUUUGAAGUGAUAACUUCUUUGCUAACCUAUGUGCUGCUAUGGAUUUCCUCCACCUAUCUGAAGUGAUAAGCACCACUGCUUCCUGUCCCAGCCCUUUACAAGACUGCAAUUUUGGUGGGAGAUGGGAUGGAUGCCUCUAUUUAGUUACUGUUCAUUUAACUUGGGCAUCUAGUUGAUUUUUGUUCAUGUUUUCCAAUGAGAGCGGCAAUGCUUUUAGAAACUUUUGUCGGUGGAGUUAAGUAAAAAGAGCAUAUAGUUGGGAAAGGAAGGGACUUUUCUGCUGGCAGAUGAUAGUGAGAACACCUCCAUGCUUCGGUUAUCUAGUUGGUUAUUGCAACUUGACCGUACAUUCUUGAGGUUUAUUCUUCCAUCUCCAUCCUUUAGCUGAGCCAAAGAUGGCAGAAUCAAUCGUGGAAUUGAUAUUAGAGAGUUUGCCGAAACGGACAGUUCAUUUUGUGGGUCCGAGGUACCUUUAUAAAUUCAGUUGAAGCAAUUUUUUUCAAGUUUCUGCCUUUCUGAUCCAGGUGCAGCUGAGCUAAGUAUUUAUAUAGAGACCUCACCAGUCGCUGUGGUCAAGGAUGGUCUGUGUUUAUUCUACAUUGUUUAGAGUAGCGAUGGCAAUGGGGCGCCGCCCCCCACGCUAUCUCGUGGCGGGUAAAAAUUCGCUCGGGUAUGGCGUGGGGAGGGUCGACCCACUCUUACAUGUUGUUUGAAAAAAAUAUACACAAGU